AUGCAAUCGCUCAACAUCACUCCGGAGCAGUUCUCCCGGCUGCUGCGGGACCACAACCUGACGCGGCAGCAGUUCAUCUCGCUCUACGGGCUGAGGCCGCUCGUCUACACCCCAGAGCUGCCCGGGCGCGCCAAGCUGGCCUUCGUGCUCACCGGUGUGCUCAUCUUCGCCCUGGCACUCUUUGGCAACGCGUUGGUGGUCUACGUGGUGACCCGCAGCAAGGCCAUGCGCACUGUCACCAACAUCUUCAUCUGCUCCCUGGCGCUCAGCGACCUGCUCAUCGCCUUCUUCUGCAUCCCGGUCACUAUGCUCCAGAACAUCUCCGACAACUGGCUGGGCGGUGCCUUCAUUUGCAAGAUGGUGCCAUUUGUCCAGUCCACCGCUGUCGUGACAGAAAUCCUCACGAUGACCUGCAUUGCUGUGGAGAGACACCAGGGGCUGGUGCAUCCUUUUAAAAUGAAGUGGCAGUACACCAACCAAAGGGCUUUCACGAUGCUGGGGCUGGUCUGGCUGGUGGCCGUCAUCGUGGGAGCGCCCAUGUGGCAUGUGCAACGACUUGAGAUUAAGUAUGACUUCUUAUACGAGAAAGAACAUGUGUGCUGCUUGGAAGAAUGGAGCAGCCCUGUGCACCAGAAAAUUUACACCACCUUCAUCCUUGUCAUCCUCUUCCUCCUGCCUCUCAUGGUGAUGCUUAUCCUGUACAGUAAGAUUGGCUAUGAACUUUGGAUAAAGAAAAGAGUUGGAGAUGGCUCUGUGCUUCGAACUAUUCAUGGAAAAGAAAUGUCAAAAAUAGCCAGGAAGAAGAAGCGAGCUGUUGUUAUGAUGGUGACAGUGGUGUCUCUCUUUGCUGUGUGCUGGGCACCUUUCCACAUUGUUCACAUGAUGAUCGAAUACAGCAACUUUGAGAAGGAAUAUGAUGAUGUUACAAUCAAGAUGAUUUUUGCUAUAGUGCAAAUAAUUGGAUUCUCCAAUUCCAUCUGUAAUCCAAUUGUUUAUGCAUUUAUGAAUGAAAACUUCAAAAAGAAUUUUUUAUCUGCAGUUUGUUAUUGCACUGUAAAAGAAACCUUAUCCCCAGCACGAAGGCAUGGAAAUUCAGGGAUUACAAUGAUGCAGAAGAAAGUAAUGUUUUCCCGGAAAGAGAACCCAGUUGAGGAGACCAAAGGAGAAGCCUUCAGUGAUGGCAACAUUGAGGUCAAGUUGUGUGAACAACCUGAUGAGAAGAAACAUCUGAAACGACACCUUACCCUCUUUAAUUCUGAACUUUCUGAGAAUUCUGGUCUAGGCAGUGGGCAUUAA